GGAUAAUAAUACCCACAAAAAAGAGGCCUAAACUCUUCCCGAUGAUUGGUUACCAGCGUAACCAAUCAGUAAGUCUGAAGGAAGUUGUCGCGUGCUAGCAAAGGGAGAGAUUGAGAAGGGUCCAGGCGGCCAAUGCGCAUCCUCGCGAAGAAGGGUGUCAAUAAAGCAUCUGAUAUUCAAGUUGACAAAAAGGGGGUCUUUUAGAAACCUAUAGGUUUCGGGGUUGUGCGGGCGUGCACUUAGUAGUUCGAGAUCGCGCAAGAGGAGGAGCGGAGCUUGGAAGGGGGAGAUGUGACCGGGGGACCCGGCUUGUGUCCUCCGCCCUGAGGCCGGUGGCAUCCCCUCCGCUGUACGGGAAGCAGGAGGAGAAGGCAAGCAUGGCGGACAAGGGAAGGCUCAGCUUCCCGGGGGCUCUUAACAAGCCAGUGCCUAUGAACCUUUUCGCGACCUGGGAGAUAGAUGGUUCCAGCCCUAGUUGCAUCCCCAGGCUCUGCAGUCUGACACUCAAGAAGCUGCUGGUUUUAAAAGAGCUGGAUAAAGAGCUAAUUUCUGUGGUUAUUGCAGUAAAAAUGCAGGGAUCUAAACGCAUCCUCCGUUCUCAUGAGAUUGUGCUUCCCCCUAGUGGACAAGUGGAGACUGACCUUGCAUUAACAUUUUCACUACAGUAUCCCCAUUUUUUGAAAAGAGAAGGGAAUAAACUCCAAAUCAUGUUGCAGAGAAGAAAAAGGUAUAAAAACAGAACAAUUCUUGGAUACAAGACGCUGGCUGUCGGCUGUAUCAAUAUGGCUGAAGUCAUGCAGCACCCUACAGAAGGAAGCCAAAUCCUGAGUCUCUUUAGUAAUAUGAAGGAAGCCUCUGCAAAAAUGGCAGAGAUUUGGAUUUUUUCCUUGUCCAGCCAGCCAAUAGACCAUGAGGACAGUGCCAUGCAUACCAGCCAGAAGAUAAAAUCCACAGAUAACUAUUCUGAGGAGGAAUAUGAAAGCUUUUCUUCAGAACAGGAAGCCAGUGAUGAUGCCGUGCAAGGGCAGGAUUUGGACGAUGAUGAAUUUGAUGUUGGGAAGCCAAAGAAGCAGCGAAGAACGAUAGUAAGAACGACGUCAAUAACCAGGCAACAAAACUUUAAACAGAAGGUGGUUGCAUUGCUGAGGCGGUUUAAGGUCUCUGAUGAGGUACUGGACUCUGAGCAGGACCCAGGAGAGCAUGUUGUGGAGGCAGAAGAGGACAUUGACUUGCUAUACGAUACCCUGGACAUUGAUAACCCAAGUGACAGUGGGCCAGAAAUGGAUGAUGAUGACAGUGUCCUCAGCACUCCAAAGCCAAAGCUAAAACCUUAUUUUGAGGGCCUGUCGCACUCCAGCUCACAAACAGAAAUUGGUAGCUUGCACAGUGUAAGAAGCCAGAGGGAAUUACCAAGCCCACAGGAAGUUCCUGACCGGCGAAUAUCUGGCCCGAAGCUGCAAUCUGAUAGUGUGUCUGACAGUUUAUCACUAGUAAGUUACAUUUUGUUUAUUCUAUUUUCUACUAAUCCCCCUGUGGAAACAAAAACAAAAACGUACAGAUUGUUACUUAUUUAUCUCUUUAUGAACCUUAUAAACCAUGAGAAAGCAAUCAAAAUAGAGUAUGGAGAGAGAGAAAUUAUGUAUUUGUUUUAUCACAGCUUGGAAGGAAAGCAAACAGGACGUCGUGGUAGGAGCACAUCCCUGAAGGAGAGACAGCCCGCACGGCCACAGAACGAACGAGCCAACAGUCUGGAUAAUGAACGUUCCCCAGAUACUCGAAACCACCUCCAGAUACCAAGGAAGACUGUAUACGAUCAGCUUAAUCAUAUUCUUAUUUCUGAUGAUCAUCUCCCUGAAAAUAUCAUUCUUGCAAACACUUCUGAUUGGCAGGGCCAGCUUUUUUCAGAUAUUUUACAAAAACACAACCUUCCUUUAGUGUGCACUUGCUCCUCGGCUGACAUUCAAGCUGCCUUUAACACAAUAGUAUCUCGGAUACAGCGCUACUGCAACUGCAAUUCACACCCACCAAAUCCUGUGAAAGUCGCUGUGGCCGGGGCUCAGAAUUACCUUAGUGCUGUGCUAAGACUCUUUGUUGAUCAGCUGUCACACAAGACCCCGGACUGGCUGGGAUACCUGAGAUUUCUAAUAAUCCCAUUAGGUUCUCAUCCUGUGGCCAAGUACCUGGGCCAAGUAGACUUCAAAUACAACAACCUUUUUCAGGACCCUAUCUGGAAAGACCUCUUCACCAAACUGGAUACACAGACCACGUUACAGGACCCCUUAGAUGUUGCAUCUCGUGUUACACAGUACAUAUCAGGAGCAAACUGCGCUUACCAGCUUCCCAUUGCAGAGGCUAUGCUAACGUACAAACAGAAAAGGAAAAAGAGCUUUCAUUUUGAUUUUACCUUAAGCCCUGAUGAAGACACCUCACAGAAGUUUAUACCAUUUGUUGGGGUAGUGAAAGUUGGUAUUGUUGAACAGUCCUCAGCAACCUCAGGGGAUUCCGAUGAUGCUGCUCCCUCCGGUUCUACUGUAUUAUCAUCUACCCCACCCUCUGUAUCUCCAGCCAUCAAGGAAGCUUCUCCUACACCCCCCUCUUCCCCAUCUGUUACUUCAGGGUUUUCCACUUCACCCAGCCAAAGUCCUGGAGGUGAACUCAUGGGGCUACAGUUGGAUUACUGGGUGGCAGCCCCAUCUACAGAAAAGAAAAAAGACACAGAGAAAAGGGAGUCUAUCACCGCCAAGAACACUUUAAAAUGCACUUUCCGCUCGCUGCAGGUCAGCAGGCUUCCCAAUAAUAGUGAUAUCCCAGUGACCCCCACCAUGUCCAUGACCGUUGUAAUGAAGGAAAAAAAUAAAAAGGUGAUGUUUUUACCCAAGAAGACCAAGGAUAAAGAAGUGGAAUCUAAGAGUCAAUGUAUUGAUGGGAUCAGUAGAUUGAUUUGUACUGCAAAACACCAGCAGAACAUGCUUCGGGUUCUCAUUGAUGGUGUGGAAUGGAAUGAUGUGAAGUUUUUCCAACUGGCUGCACAAUGGUCUUCGCAUGUCAAACACUUCCCCAUCUGUAUAUUUGGACACUCCAAAUCCAACAUCUAGUCUUUUUUUGUUUUGCAGAGGCUCUCAGUUUGAGUUUUCCCCUGCCCAUCCCACUUUUGCUUCUAAAGACUGGAUGCUGAGAUAUCAUACUAUGAGUGCCAACAACUUUCUCAAACUGAAAACCAUCCAGCUACUUUUCACUUUAAUUUUUUAUACUAUUGUUUUUAUUAUUAUGCAGAUUAUUUAAAGCUAAGCUUGAAGUUA